GCGGACCCGCGGCUGACCACCCAGCGAAUUCUGACCCUGAAGGAGCUGUGCGAGGCUUCGGCGAUCCAGAUCCGCACCAAGGGCGUGGGCAACGCAGGGACCAAGGCGCUGGGGCUGCUGUGCUCCACGGCGCCCUUUCACAUUAUGGCCCUGGCCAUGGCAGGCUUGGGCGAGAAGGGCGAAGGCGACGACGUGAAGGCUUGCGCCAACUUCAUCGAGCGGGUGUCCGCGCCCAUCCUGGAAGCGCUGCCAGCGGAGCAGCUGGUGAAGCUGGGGGAGGCUUGCGCCAAGUCCAAAGCGGUGGCGGAGGUGAUUUUGCCCACAGUGGCCAAAGCCUGCGCCGGCGCCUUGCCCGGGUGGAACAUGGAUGACAUCUCGAAGCUGCUCUUUGCGAUGCUCAAGGCCGUUGGCCGCCGAAAGGGCGGCAGGGGCUAG